UUGGCGGCGCCGUUAGUCAAUACAAAGAUGGCGUCGCCCACGGUGUCGGAAGAUUCGGAUUCGAAUGAUCUGGAAAUAGAUGAAACCCAUGAAGUUGAAGAAGAUGUCACCUUCAAAUCUUUGGGCGUCGUGGAUGUCUUAUGUGAAGCUUGCGAGCAACUGAAAUGGAAAACACCAAGCAAAAUUCAGCGGGAAGCAAUUCCUGUCGCUCUGCAAGGGAAAGAUGUGAUAGGCCUUGCCGAAACGGGAUCGGGUAAAACAGGAGCUUUUGCUCUGCCCAUUCUUCAAGCACUCCUUGACACACCACAGAGGCUCUUCGCUUUGGUCCUUACUCCAACGAGAGAACUGGCAUUUCAGAUUUCUGAACAGUUUGAAGCAUUAGGGGCCAGCAUCGGUGUGAAAUGCGUUGUGAUUGUCGGUGGCAUUGAUAUGAUGACACAAGCUCUCGCCCUUGCAAAGAAACCUCACAUUGUGAUUGCUACGCCUGGCCGAUUAGUAGAUCACCUGGAGAAUACGAAGGGUUUCAGCCUCAAAGCUCUCAAAUACCUUGUGAUGGACGAAGCCGAUCGAAUUCUAAACAUGGAUUUUGAGGAGGAGGUUGACAAGAUCCUCAAGGUUAUUCCUAAGGAACGGCAUACUUACCUGUACUCAGCAACAAUGACGAAGAAGGUCCAGAAGCUGCAGCGGGCAUCGCUCCAGGAUCCAGUUAAGGUCGAGGUCUCUUCCAAGUACCAGACAGUUGAAAAACUUCUCCAGUACUAUUUAUUCAUACCAGCAAAGUUCAAGGAUGUGUACCUAGUGUACAUCAUGAAUGAACUGGCAGGAAACUCUUUCAUGGUGUUCUGUAGCACCUGCAGUAACACGCAGCGCACUGCCCUGCUGCUGCGAAAUCUGGGCUUCACGGCCGUCCCUCUUCACGGACAGAUGAGUCAAGCAAAACGUCUUGGAGCACUCAACAAGUUCAAAUCGAAGAACAGGUCCGUUCUCAUUGCCACAGAUGUAGCGAGCAGGGGUUUAGAUAUCCCACAUGUCGACUGCGUCAUCAACUUUGACAUCCCCACCCACUCCAAGGACUACAUUCAUCGUGUGGGGCGCACGGCUCGGGCGGGGCGCUCCGGCAAGUCCAUCACUUUUGUCUCGCAGUACGAUGUUGAGUUAUACCAGCGGAUCGAACACCUGAUCGGGAAAAAGCUGCCUCUGUACCAGACGGUUGAAGAAGAGGUCAUGAUGAUGGUGGAAAGAGUGACAGAGGCCCAGCGAUAUGCGAGAAUGGAAUUGAAAGAGGAAGAAGACAAAAAGAGGGGAGGCAAGAAGCGGAAAGCAGACGACGACAACGAGGUGGACGAUACGGAGGAAUCUCGUGGCCUACACAAGAGGAUUGGAAAGAAUAAGAAACAAGGGGGUGGAUUCAAGACGAAAAAGAAGUAACUUCUUCAACUUCAGCAACUGCAUCGUCGUUGUUUAUUUUUAUGUACAGGUAUAAUACAUCCGCUGCAUUACAUUUGUCA